UAUAAUGUAAUAUGACUCAUACAAUACUGAUGUAGUAUUUGACUGUUUUAUAGUUUUUAUUAAAGUUUUUUGCUGAAGUAUAAAUGACCUAAAAUGUCAUCGAAAAACGAUGUUGACGAUGUUCAUAAAAGCACAACAUUAAGACCACUAAAAAUUAUAAAGAAACGAUCUGCCCCUCUAGACCAAGCCUUAGACGAAAUAAAUAAGUCUUCUGUCGUUCCAACAGUAUCAACAUCAUCAACAUUACCUAAAGAUUCUGUAAAGGUAACAACGACUUCGAAUCCAGCUACAGCACGAAGACGAUCAGCUACAAAAGAAAAAGAAAAAAAACGUGAAAGGUGGCUGCUUACACGUAAAACAUGGAAAUACAUGACAGAUGCUGGUAGAAAACUAAUACCUGAGGGUGCACAAAAUCGAAAAGAUGAUAUACCAAAAGUAGAAGCAUAUUUUAAUCAAAUAUGUGCUGCAGAACCUCGUUUCAUACUUUGGAAACGUAAAGCAUCAUAUCCAGGUGCCUUUCGUAAUUCGAAGCGUCGAUUUAGACAACUACUGCAGCAUACUUGUCAAAAACAAAACACAUUACUAAAAGAACGGGAAGAGGAAAAUAAUGUAAAUGAAGUCAUUAAUUUAUUACAAACUCACCUUAACUUGCACGAAUCAUAUAAAACGACAACAUUACUCGGCACUAAAACGGUACGCCCUGAUAAAACACACUCACCCAGUGCUCACAGGCCUUCUGCUGGGAACAGCUGUUUAAGUAGUAACUUGGUAUCGGAAACAUCUAAGGACUCCAAUCAACUUGUUGAGAAUGAUCAGUUAUUGGCACGAUUACGAGCUCUAACACAUAGUUCUACAUACACAAUAAACUUAUCAAAUGAAAGUAUUACACCAGAUAUAUUAAAGAACAAAGCUGCAUUAAAACAAGUAUAUUAUAUGCUUAAAAAACAACAUCUUCACCGACUAUUGAGCAAACAUUCCAAUACAGAAAAUAUAAAUGAAUUCAAAGCUAAAAUUAAGAAGUCGACGUCCUUAUCUAGUCUACAACAGUUUAACGAAUGUUUAACAAAUAAUUCUAGCAAACCACACAAGACGGAAUCAUCCACACAAAAUGUGAAUAAUAUAAAAUAUAACAAUGAGUUUUCAAAAACUACAAAUAAAAGUUUUGCAUUAAGCAGAAUAUUGAAAAAUCCCUCAGAUGAUAGAAAAAGUAAUGAGCCAAUUCUGAUACAACCAAAAACUUCCGAUUCGACUUUUACCUCACAAGCUCAAACACCUUCAGGGACUUCUCAAAACUUCAGAAAAAAGACACACUUCAAUACAUUCGGCACCCAAACUAAUUUCAUACAAUUGCAAGAAAUCAAAUGCCUUGCGGAGGAGUAUAAGGCACGUAAGCGUGAGGAAGCAUCAUUACUCUUGUCUAAUACAUGCCUCGAUGAUGGAUCUGAAAAAACUGAAUCAGAGGGAAUAAAUAUUCGUCGAAAAAGCUCUGUAGAUAACGAAGACAUUUCACAAUCAGUUAGCGACACUAUUAAGCGUUAUCUUCGGAUGGCUCGGAAAAAAAGUAUUCACGAUGAUCAGGUCAACCGAUUUAAACGUGUUAAUUAUGAUCGCAACCUACGAAAUAUAAAAGCCAAAGGAGAAAUUAAUCCGCCAGGAAUGGACGAAGACAAUAGUAAAGCAGUGCAAACACUUGAUGCUUGGGCAUUAAUAGCUUUAGAAUUCAUAAGAGGCAAUGAAAAUUCAAGUUUAUUAGAUGUUGCGCAUUCUGACUGGCAAAAAUCUUUAGAAGAGAGGAUUCGCAAAAAAAAUGAAUAUGAUCAAAAAAUUUUAGGUAAUUCAGAAAACACUGUUGAUGCAAACUGCUCAAAUUCAUAUAAUAAUGAAAAGGACGGUGUUCAUAAGCAGUCGUUUUCAACGAGUCGGAGUUCAUCAAGUGGACUUGCUUCCCCAACCUCGAGUACAUCACCAACAUCGAGUUUUUCACCCACAAAUGAUAAGCCACGCUCAGAAUUUGGGCACACAGCUUCUAACAUCAUACAGAGUGGUUCUAAUUUUCUUUCCAAUCUAUGGCACGGAACAACUAUGCAUGGUUUAGAUCAUCAAAAACAAUAUGACGAAACAUCACAAUACAACAAAGUUAAUUCCAACAUAAAGGAAGCGCAUAUAGAUCCAGCCACAAGACUAUUGCAAAGUGUUGAUGCCAGCAACUGUGAAGGCAUAAUGCAAAAAUCAAAAUCUUCAACAAAUGUUGGACAAUUUGUAUCAAAGAAGUUACUCAAAAGUCGGUCGAGAAGUCAAACAAGAUCAGCUGUGCAUUUACCAACAACAUACAAUCAUAAAUGGGCACCUUCGGAAAAAUUCGCUUGGACUUCUGAAAAUGGUGAUCGAAUUUGUAUCUUAGAUUCAGUUCUGCGAAACCUCUCUGCAAUAGAAUCAAAAUACUUGCAGCAAGUGGCCCUUCAGAAAAUAAACGAACUAAAUAUUGGUUUAGAUAUAGGUCCUGGUAGUUACAAUGGCAAUGGAGGAAAAAUUCAAAAACGUCAUGCAUUACAAAAGAAAAAGGCCUUGACAACAAAUUUGUUUGAUAUCGGUAAAAAGGAAGAUUCGUUACUGCAAACGGGAAUAUUUGGUAAUAAUCUAAACACUUGUGUUGCAAAUGACAGAAAACGUUCAAAAAACUUCUGUAUAGCAUUAGAAGGAGAAUCUGCUACUCUAAGUCGAUGUGGUGGUGAUGAUAACUCCAAUAAACUUAAUCCAAAUGUGCGGUCAUGUGAAAAUUUGCCUUCAAGCACAUUAUCGGUAACUAAUACAUCAGGUGAAAACUGCAAAGGUUUAAAAUCUGGUUCAAAAAUUGGAACGAACUACUUUGGUUAUUUGACGAAAUCGGCUUUAUCACGUAGUCAAAGUGAUAUGCGCAGAAAAAGUCAGGAGUUCGAUAAAAACCAUAGUUUAUCAUCGUCAACGGAGUUUUUUGUGACGCACGAUUUACAGGUCCCAACUUUUAUCACCUUAUGUAUUCAAUUUUUGGAAAUACAUGGUUUACAUCAAGUAGGACUUUUUCGAGUCAGUACAUCAAAAAAACGCGUUAUGCAAAUGAAGGAAGAAUUUGAUAAAAGGUUUGUGACUGAAAUUUCAGAAACAACAUGCCCCCAUGAUGUUGCGACGUUACUAAAGGAAUUUUUGCGAGAUUUAUCCGAACCUCUUUUAUGUGGACAUUUGUAUAAAGCGUUUCUAAAAACACAAAAAAUAAGAAAUCGACGCCUACAGUUAGAGGCUAUAUCCCAUUUAAUUAAACUGUUACCAGAAACACAUAGGGACACAUUAUAUGUACUGCUUAAAUUUUUGGCGAAGGUUGCUACAUAUUCAGAUGACGUUCUUGACAAAGAGGGUAAUGUGCUUGUUUCUGGGAAUAAAAUGGAUAGCAAUAAUUUAGCCACUGUGUUUGCUCCUAAUAUAUUAAAAUCUACGUCUUUGACAGCGAACGUAACAGAACAAGAAGUAAUGGCAGAUGCUAUCAAUGUAGUAAGAAUAAUGAUUGAUCACUUUGAGGAACUUUUCCGGGUAUCUGCUGAAAUUCUAGACACUGUUUAUGCUAACAUAUUAGAUGAAUGUCCAGAGAAAUUAUUUGAAUUAUGUGAAUCCCGACUUUUAAUGUCCAAACACCCUACAAAUAUGGCAAAUAUUGUUGUAGAGCACACGCCAUCAAGUCGACGCCAGUCAACUCCAAAUGUUCUCAAUAAAUCUGAAGGGGUUGUAUCUGCAAGCUUCCAAAUACCAGUAUCGUUGCAAACGGAUUUAGUUCCCAACAAAAAAGAACAUUUGUUUUCUAAUGUGAAAACAAGUACAAAUUUAUAUAGCAAUAAUCGGAAAAACCCAGAUAUUCCUCCCAGUGAGCAAGUGCUUUGUGAACAAGAAGUUGAUGGUCGGCGAAUAUCAGGAUCAUCUAUUUUUGGCUCGCAGGAAAUACACAAUAUAGGUGGGAAGACUGCCACAUUUAUAACUCCAAAUAUGCAAUUACCUCAAUUGACUCCAGCUCCUAAUAUAUUAUCCUGCACAUGUAAUCUUGGAAUGAAAAGUAAUGAACCUAAGCUCUCAACAAGUAUUUCUAACAUUGGAGAAAGUAUUUUACGGUCAAAAACAGAAGAAUUUGAACGUAAAAUGCAGCAAAACAAUCACUCAACAGAAGAUAAAUUCAGCACCAACAGUUCAGGAAAGAAUCAAUCUCAACAACUUUACAAACGGCAAGAGUUAAUUGCUAGCUCGAAACGUAAUAGAAGUCACAAGAAGUAAAUAGAAUUAGUUCUAGCUUUUUUUAAAACAAAUAUAGAAAGGUCAAAUAAUUUAUUAAUAUUGCAUGUAUAUAAAACAAAAAAAUUCAA